CACACGCGACCGAUAUCCCGUCCACUAGAUGAUGACAAGGCAUGUGAAGUGCGACAUGCAAAAAGCGCGGAGUUCAAUUGCCUCUCAGAGCACUCGGCGGCUAGCGAGUUAAAGAAAAUCUUCGUGUUCUUGGCUCAUCGCGUCAGCAAGCCGCCCUACCGAACAUAACACCACGUCGACUCAGGAUUAGACUGAAGGAAACUGCGAUGUUCUGGCCUCACCUCUGACAAGAUAAGGCAUUGCCCGGUGUGGUAGCCGAAGUCAUGCCGUCCAUGGAAGAUGCAGUUACGCAAGAGGCUGUUAUUCUAUGCAACGAGUUUAUCCACCACAAACUCAGACAACUUGGUCUCGUGAGGAAGGGACGAACGGUUCUGCCCGCUGCCACGAGUACCAAUGGCAAAACCUACGUUCAUACCGCCGCCACCACCGCUCAUCACAAGCCGCUGGCGCCGGCGCCAGCGCCGCCGCCAGCGCCGCCGCUAGGGCCCACGAUCCACGAGACCAUGUUGGAACUGCAGCGAGUAAGCGGUGAGUUGGAGCAGCUAUACCCAAGCCUGUUCCGAGGCGUCUUCGGCCAGCUGAACAUCACCCGUGUUAGCUCUGAGGAGGUUGCCGAGGAGGCCUUCCUUGGCGUAGCUGACGAGCUAUUCCGGGCCGGUAUCACCUGGGCCCGUGUGGUAGCUAUGUUUGCUGUGGCAGGCGAGUUGGCCGUGGAGUGUGUACAACAGCGUAGCUAUGAUUAUGCAGCCUUCGUGGACCGGUUAGUGGUCAGCUUGACCAGGUUUGUAAGGGAAAGGCUGGUGGUCUGGAUAGCUCGACAAGGAGGCUGGAGUGAUAUGGCGAAAACAUUUCACGGGAGAAAAGAUGAUGAUUCCUACGUGUUAAUGACUAUUGGCGUGCUGGGCGCUCUGUGUGGAUUCGCAGGAACCAUCAUAGCAACGAGUAAACUCCAGGUGUCUUUAUAACCAACGACAACUGUCGUCGUCCUGGUGACGUCAACAA